AUGACACGAUACUAUCCGCUCUAUGUGCGCCGCUCUGAUGGAAAACUGGAGACGGUGCAUGGCAAGAAGAAGGAGAAGAACGAGCCGACACCCGAGCAGCUCAAUGACACGCCCGACUCAAACGGCGUGAGCGAUUACUACCGUCCGAUCGCUGAGGAUGAGCCGAAACACCUGGACUGGCGUCGCAAGCUAGGAGGCAUGCUGAUGCGCGAGCUUGCCGGGCCUGGCUCGGAGCACCAACACAAAGCAUGCAUGCUCGCCGCUCUCCCCGAGAACUACCGACUAUUCGAGCACAUCAAGUCGCGCGCCCACGAUGGCGAUCCCCAGUCCCGAAAGGCCUCAAAGAACCACGCAGGAGGCGGCCACGACCGCCAGGACGCAUACUUGUAUGGACAUCCCAUGGGCCGGAAGAAGCGUUUCAGAAGUCCCGCCGACUUCUUCCCACACCUGUUGUGGCUUGCCACGGACAAAGACGGAGAUGCGAACAACUGCAGCUGCAAGGUUUGCUGUCCCGAGGAGGUGCAGGAUGAGAAGCCAGCGAUCAAGAAAGAGGCCCCCGGGCAGCCAGCUGCGCAACCUGGAAAUGCCGGCAUUGGCAGAGACCCUUACGUCGCUAUUCAAAGACCUCCCAGCAGUCAAUCGUCGACGCCGAAAACUCAACCUGCAGUUCUCAACCGUCCAAGCUCAGCCGGCGCUCAAGCACAGCCUAACCCAGCUCCGGUUCAGCAAGCGCCUCCAGUACAACAGGUCCCUGCUCCUCGUACGACAACGCCGCAGAAUGCUCCUCAAACCCAGCCUCAGCCGGCCCCAUCUGCGAUUCCGCGACUGGCUUUGCCUGAUCACCAGCUCGACUCCCAAUAUCAUUCCCUUCUGUUCCGGCCUGGCGAAGUCGUAUGGAUGAGUCGCGGAGAGGCAUGGGGCCUGGGUGUUCUGAUUCGAAGGUACCUGACAAAGGCCGCCAACAACCAAGUCGAGCGCCACUACAUUGUCCAGCCGCUUUCACAUCCGCAUGACUUCCAGACACCGGUGCAUCUCAACGCCGAGAAUCUGCUUCGCCCUUGGCUUGCAUGGAGCGCACCUCCACUUACUUUUGCUCACCUCCAGAAUCGUCGGGAUCUUACGUAUGAGAAUGUGGAUUGGCAGGCUGCCGUCAGUGGACAGUACGGCCACGGCAACCCAGAAGUAGACGCGAGCAUUCUCGCGGCCAAAGCAGUCGACAACACCUACACUCCUUUCAAGCUGAUAAGCUCGCGUCCCGGCCCCGGCACCGAGGAGCGUCGUUGGGCGGGCGUAUUCCUUGGCGCAGAGAAGAUUUGGGUUGGAGAGCCUAUUCGGAUACAGAUGGACGUGCCCAACAUGAGUCUGCCCAUCAUGGUCGUCAUUGAUAUCGUGGAGCGAGUCCAGCAAGGCCGCUCAAGUAUCACUAUCUACGGAGACCUCUACGGCUUCAUCGGCAACCUUCCUCUCAACCAGCCUGUGCCACCAAUGGACCAUCUCCCGCCCCGAAUGAUCAUGGAUUUACGCUUCCGCAACCAAGUCUCCUCCAAGGCCAAUCGAAAAGGCGCAUGGAAGCUCCUGCGCUCCAUGCACCAGGUCCCCAUUGAGCAGGUCAAGGGCCGCUGGUACGAGAGCAGCGUGCUCCUGCCCAUCAUCCUCGGCGACAAGGACUUCGACAACACGAUCCGCUCCGGCAACCUGCAGGACGCGUCGCACUGGAUCAACGCGCGCAACGACAGCAACGAUGCCAACGCCAUCGGCGUGCGCCAGAGCCAGCGCAAAGACGCCUUCGGCCGCUCCGUCCCCGCCGCCGUCCAGAUCUCGGAUAGCCUGGACCCGCCGAGCCCCGAGGAGCUGCAGACUAUCGUCGCGCCGGCCCAGGCGCAGCAGGCGACUGACCCUGCGCUGAUGGUUGAUGCGGCUGGCUUUGGCGGCAUGGGGGCUGUUAGUGAUGUCGUUGGCGACUUUAUGAAUCUGGAUGGCGAUUUCAUAGCUGGUGCGGGUGCUGGUGCGGCGCAGGGAAAUCCGCAGGGAGGCCCUGGUGGGAGCAACUGGAGUAUGUGA